CCGAAAAACCUGUACCCUUCGAACUCUGCCAUCACAUUGUACACUUCGACGUUACUAUUCGUAAUAUGACGGAGGAAAUAAAGUCACACCAAUCAGUCCGAGUCGCUAUCCGCACAGGCUCCGGAAGCCGAUCCCCAGGAACUGCUUACGGUUUCCUCUUCCAGCUCCAUCACGACUUCCGGCGCUGUGCCCACCAACAUUGACGCACAAUGCCAACGAGCUACAGGAGAAGUCUGCAUCUGCGAUACCUGUGAAGUCACCAGGACUCGCAAACACCUGCUCCGUAGCAACAAGCGUACGCGGGAAGAAGCCGUCACGGCCGCGGCUUUCGACAGCCACUCGCCGCCGAAGAAGUCCAAGGCUCCCGAAAAGGCCGCUGCCUUGGAUGUCAACAAUAGCGGCGACGACAAGCUACAAACAAUGUCCGCCGCCUGCAAAACGAUCCUGGAAUGCAUAGGGGAAGACCCGCACCGCGAAGGUCUCCUGAAGACUCCCCUACGAUGGGCCAAGGCUCUACUCUACAUGUGCCAAGGCUACGACAAACGCCCGGAAGACGUCACCAACGGCGCAGUCUUUCACGAAAAUCACUCCGAAAUGGUAGUGGUCCGCAACAUUGACAUUCAUAGUUUGUGCGAACACCACAUGGUCCCUUUUACCGGUCGCGUCCAUAUUGGAUACAUUCCCAACGGCAAGAUUCUCGGUUUGUCCAAGCUCGCCCGGAUUGCCGAAUUGUACGCCCGACGCUUGCAGGUGCAGGAACGAUUGACACGCCAAAUUGCCGACGCUAUUGUGGAAACGGUCGAACCCCUCGGUGUCGCCGUAGUCGUGGAGUGCACGCACUUUUGCAUGGUCAUGCGGGGAGUCCAAAAGACGGGAGCUUUGACAACGACGUCGUCGGUCCGGGGAUGCUUCGAAAGCAAUUCCAAGACACGAGCCGAGUUCUUUUCCAUCAUUCAAGGGAAUGGUGUUACCAUGUGUUGA